AUGGCUUAUCUUUCAGUGUUUGUUAUUAUACCGUUGUUGAUCCCCGCAGUUGGAGGAGCACUGCGGGGGUUGGAGGCUUUAAAUCAAACAGCCCAGGUGAUACCAAAAGUUUCCCGGAGAGAUACACCGAGUCUUCCGCCGCCAUACCUCCAUCUCCCCAUGUUUGUGGACUCCACCCUGCCGCUGGUGGAGAAGGAGCAUUUCUCUCCAGCCAGAGGCACCGGGCAGGAGCCUUUACCUGAGACCGUCCGGGAGAUUCUGAUCCCGGCCCGGCGGCCCAGCACCAGCCCCCCCGUUGUUUCGGAAGUUUCCGUGAGGACUUCGUGCAAGUUGAACAAAAUGCAUGUGCAGGUGCAGAGGAGUGUGUUAGGCACCGGUGAACCACACACUCAGCUCAAACUGGGCACAUGCCAAGCCAGUAAAUCUACGACGGAUUACCUUUACUUUGAAUAUGACUUUUCCAUGUGUGGAACUAAACGCACGAUAAUUGAUAAUCAGGUGACCUAUUCAAACACACUACAAUAUGAUCCACCAAGACUUCAAGGACCUAUCAGGCGAGCUGUGCCCUUCACCCUGCCUGUUGCAUGUUACUUUAACAGGUACCAGUACUCCUACAAAAUUGGCUAUACGCCAAAGAUGCGGAUGCGCCAGAUCUUCAAAUCAGUGAAGAACAAAGCAAAAUUCAUUCUGACUCCACGAAAUGCUCAGUGGGAAAGGCUUUCGCCGUCUGAUCAGUACACGCUUGGAAAGCCUAUGUACUUUGAGGCCGAGGGUCCGUCCAUGCCCCAGGACAAAAGACUGUACGUCCACUCGUGUUAUGCGACUCCCGAGAAGUCCCACACCUCCACGCUUCAGUUUCCAGUUGUGAAAAACUUUGGGUGUAUGGUUGAAAGCAAGGACGGUCACUCUAGAUUCAUCCCAUACAAAAACAAUGCUGUGAGAUUUUCUGUGGAUGCCUUCAUGUUCAAAGGAAUGACAGACCAGCUCUACAUGCACUGCACCAUGUCUGUAGGCAGUUCAGUGCCCUCACCAACAGCUAAGUCCUGCAACUACGACACAGAGGCAGGAAGAUGGGGUGAGCUGUAUGGGUCAGACUCUGUGUGCACUUGCUGCGACUCCAGCUGUAGCUCUGCCGCAUCCACAGUGACCAAAAUAAUCAGCAGCAGACCUUGGACAAUAGAACCUAAAGUGAAACCCACCACAACCCCAAAGAGGAAGACGGUUUCUACCACCACAGCAACAGCAGCACCACAACCGGAGACGACCAGAGAGGUGACUGAAUGGAGCACGACUUCACAGCCUGAAGCCAAAUCUGUGACUCUGAAGGGUAAGGUGGAGAAUACAGUGAAGGAAUUGGAGUGGCCCUUUGGAGGUGGAGGAGUGGAGUGGGUUGAGCUGGAGGGUGAGGAGAGGCAGGUGAAGGGUUCUGCGGUUGUGGAGGAGGAGGAGGUCACAGAACCGCGUAGAAUAUUUGAAGAAAUCUUUGAUUUUGACAAAUAA